UUUGGGGGUUGUCCCUGAAACGACAAAGGGAGUUGAGACGUUGUACUUCUACGUAGCAAGAGACGGCGAUGUCGUGACCACCGACUGUACACCUCUUCGCUAAACUGUUGAGGGGAGACAACUCUUACACACCUAUGCAAGAUGAGUUCUCUGCGCUCCUCGGUUCGACCCAAGAGCUCCAAACAGAAAUGGGGCACUAUCCUUAAGCCAGAAUUUGGUCUUGGCUACCAGAAGCUGACAAAGUACGAGAUAGCUCAGACUGUAAACCGCCUGAACACCGUGCCAAGUUCCGACGACAGAGCCUAUGAACGCUUCAAUAAAAAGAUGUCUCAAGCAGAGGUUGAAGAAAUGAUCAAGCGAGUGUCCAAGACGGACAAGACCCCCGACUCAGACCGCCGCCUACAGAAGUCCAUCUACAUAGGGAUGGGGGUUGUGUCGUCCUAUGCUUGGCAGGGGUACAACUAGCCAGCAGUACUC